AUGCCUCUUAAACGAGAGGAUACAGAGCGUGCUCUCCAAGCCAUGGAGGCAUGCCAGUCAGCUGCAGAUGAGGGUUUCAGGGGCCGGGCAGAAAAAUUGCUGCACAUCUUCCAAAGUGACCUCUUUCAGGCCUUACUUGACAUUCAAGAAUUUUAUGAGGUCACUGUUUUUGAGAAUCAAAACUCAGGGAAACCACAGACACCAGGCUUGAAAUACCGUUAUCAGGAUGAGGAGACCCCGCCUUUGGAGCAUAGCCCUGCCCACUUGACUCAAGGCAAGAGUGGAGAGCUUUUGCACCUCAGUGAUGCAAGCCACGCCCCCAUAGAUGGUGUCCACGGAUACGCCUCUCAUCCACACAUAUCACCGGUCAAGCCAGUGUUACUGCCGAGUGGCCACUCUCCUUACUACGCCACCUCUACCCUGAUGAACGGAAUGGAUGGAGAAGUAGAAUAUGAAGAGAUUACACUGGAAAGGGGUAACUCAGGUUUGGGGUUCAGUAUAGCAGGAGGGACUGAUAAUCCUCAUAUAGGAGAUGACCCCAGCAUCUUCAUCACCAAGAUCAUACCAGGAGGAGCAGCCGCCCAGGAUGGCAGACUUAGGGUGAAUGACAGUAUUCUGUUUGUGAAUGAUGUGGAUGUGCGAGAGGUCACUCACAGUCAGGCUGUGGAGGCGCUGAAGGAGGCGGGGCCUAUCGUCAGACUCUAUGUGCUUCGACGGAAGCCCUCUGCUGAAAAAAUCACUGAAAUCAAACUCAUCAAAGGGCCCAAAGGUCUAGGGUUCAGUAUAGCUGGGGGAGUUGGUAACCAGCACGUUCCAGGUGACAACAGCAUCUACGUCACCAAGAUCAUCGAGGGCGGAGCCGCACACAAAGACGGACGGCUACAAAUAGGGGACAAAAUCCUAGCUGUGAAUAACGUGUCUUUGGAGGACGUGAUGCAUGAAGAUGCAGUAGGCGCUCUGAAGAACACAACAGAGGUGGUCUACUUAAGAGUGGCCAAAGCCUCCAGUUUCUACCCACCCGAUUCCUACAACCCGCCAGACAUCACCAGCUCAUACUCUCCUCAUUUGGAUGACAUGGGUCAUGGUUACUUGACCUCUGAUUACCCACAAGCCCUCACACCCAGCUCUCCGCGACGUUACUCGCCUAUCCCCAAGGGCAUGAUGGGAGAUGAUGACAUCCCCAGGGAGCCAAGGCGUGUGCUGAUUCAUCGAGGCUCCACAGGUCUGGGCUUUAACAUUGUGGGAGGUGAAGAUGGGGAGGGGAUCUUCAUCUCCUUCAUCCUGGCCGGAGGCCCUGCAGACCUCAGCGGAGAGCUCCGCAAGGGAGACCAGAUCCUCAGUGUGAACGGGGUGGAUCUGAGACAUGCCACUCAUGAGCAGGCAGCUGCAGCAUUGAAGAAUGCCGGACAGACAGUCACCAUCAUUGCCCAGUACAGACCAGAGGAGUAUAGUCGUUUUGAAGCAAAGAUUCAUGAUUUGCGGGAGCAGUUAAUGAACAGCAGUAUGGGCUCUGGUACGACAUCGCUACGGACCAGUAAACGGAGCUUUUACAUCAGGGCUCUGUUUGACUAUGAUAAGACGGCAGACUGUGGGUUUCUGAGUCAAGCAGUAGGAUUCAGCUUUGGGGAUAUUCUCCAUGUGCUGGACUGCAGUGAUGAGGAGUGGUGGCAGGCCAGACGUCUGAGUCCUCACGGAGACGUGGAGGAGGCUGGUUACAUCCCCAGCAAGAGGAGAGUGGAGAGGAAGGAGUGGUCUCGACUCAAGUCCAGAGGCAGAGACAGUUUAGGAUCACAAGGGAGGGAUGACUACAUUCUGAGUUAUGAGACAGUCACACAGAUAGAGGUCCACUACGCUCGACCAAUCAUCAUUCUAGGCCCCACUAAAGACAGAGUCAACGAUGACCUGCUCUCUGAGUUUCCUGACAAGUUUGGCUCCUGUGUACCCCACACGACACGGCCAAAGCGGGACUACGAGGUGGAUGGGCGGGACUACCACUUUGUGUCGUCACGGGAACAAAUGGAGAAGGACAUCCAGAGUCAUCGCUUUAUCGAGGCUGGCCAAUACAAUAACCACCUGUACGGCACCAGUGUGCAGAGCGUACGAGAGGUGGCUGAGCAGCAAGGAAAGCACUGUAUUUUGGAUGUCUCUGCUAAUGCUGUGAGGAGACUACAGGCCGCUCAGCUGCAUCCUAUUGCUAUUUUCAUCAGGCCCUCAUCACUGGAGAACAUACUGGACAUUAACAAGCGUUUGACUGAGGAACAGGCAAGACGAGCUUUGGACCGAGCCAUUAAACUGGAACAGGACUUCAUCGAGUGUUUCACAGCGAUCGUGGAGGGCGAGAGCUUUGAGGAGAUCUACCACCGUAUAAAAACCGUCAUUGAGGAGCAGUCUGGUCCUUACAUCUGGGUCCCAGCGAGAGAGAGACUGUAA